AUGCAAGAUGAGCCGCCGUGCUUCGAGCAGACGCUGACGAGUCUCAAGACUGGGACCGCCGUCAGACUAGCCCAAUGCGGACCUGGCGUGGCCUGGCUGUUCGAGCAAUCUUUGUCAAAGAGCGACAUCCCAUCAGCACGAGAUUUGCUCACACUGGCUCAGCAACGGCUGCGCAUUUACCACUACGAUCGAGUGCCUGCAUGUUGGCGAUAUCUCUACACGGAUGCAACACUGCUGCUCGCUUGUGCAAGGUGCAAGACUGCCAACCGCGAUGAAUCAUGGCACGCAGAGACGGUCAGGUUGCUAGACAUGGCCAUCAUCGUUGCAGGCGCGGAGGAUCGCGAGCCACUCAUCUUUGCGCUCAUGCGCUUCGUCCAGCAGUCUCUUGUGCACGACAUACACGACACUCCUGCAAAACGCCCAGGGAAGCGACGAAAGGUUGACCAGCCUGACUUGACGCGACCCAUCGAGCUACUUGACCGCAUGCCGCUCUUCAUGCCGAAACAGCCUCGCGUCGUCCGUAAUGGGUGUUCCGACUGGCCAGCAUGUAUACAAUGGCCAGACCUAUCCUACCUUUCUCGUAAAGCCGGUCCAGCUCGCGUUAUACCAGUCGAAGUAGGCGGCUCCUACACGCAGGACGAUUGGACACAACGCAUUAUGCCAUUCGACGACUUUCUUUGCGCAAUUGCCUCUGAGGACGUCAAAGCAGACAAGCUAUAUCUGGCGCAACAUGACCUGUUUCGGCAGAUACCAGAGCUGAGGGACGACAUCAUCGUGCCUGAUGUGGUUUUCUCUGCGCCACAAGCACCUGAUCACUUGCCAAGCUACCAUCCACCUAUGAACGAGCUCCAGUACAGUCUCAAUGCUUGGUUUGGGCCCGCCGGGACGCUCUCGCCCGCUCAUACCGAUCCUUACUUCAACUGCUAUAUACAAGUAGCAGGUAGGAAGCAGGUAUGGAUUGCCCCUCCCUCGCUCAACAGCAGAGAUAUGCAUUGCUUCGAUUCAAGCGUCGACGUCGAUGAAGCCGGUCAGACAGCCUUGAUGACUAACACGUCUCGCGUCAACGUCUUCGAUGAGACUAGUCUUCCUGUCGGCUUCGACCGAGCUCGCAAUCUUUCACAAGAGGCGAUCCUGAAUUCUGGCGAUGUACUGCUGCUUCCGCCGGGAUGGUGGCAUGCCUUUAGAAGUCUGACUACCUCGCACUCGGUCUCAAUAUGGUUCUGA